UGUAAGGCAGGCGGGCAGGCAGGCAUGUAUCUGUGUCUGUAGGCAUCUUUAUUAUGCAUUCAGUGGUUUUCCAAACAGAUAUAUGUUAGUCUGCAUAAGUCGUUGAUCAUCUUUACAUUGAAUUUGCUAGAAUUUACAGUGUUCCUGCUUUUUUGAUGAAUUACAUGUGCAAUCCACCGCAAGUCCUUCUCCAUCUUCCUUCUCCCCCCCCUUUCCUCCCGUCCCUUCUCUCCUCCAUCCCCUCUUCAUUCUACCCACAUCUCCUCUAGUAUGUCAGUCUCACUCCCUGCAUUAAUUGCAGAUAAUUAUUCUAUGCAAAUGUCAUCAUAAUGUACAAUAUUUAUUAUAAUAACUAUUACAUUUCCCAUAUAUGUUUAUAUUUUCACAACAUUCAUCUUUGUAAAGUGGGUUGGGUGGUACUUCGAUUUGAUUUUAUGACUCAACAACGCCUCUUAGCGAAGCCGAACACUUUUUAUAAAUGACAUGUACAUCCUUAAUUCGUUUUUCAGCCAAACAGCAGACCAGCCAAUUGGUUUUUCGAUCAAGCUGAGGGAUGGAGCUGGAGAAAUGUAACCGCUCUCAGAUUCAUAGAUGGAGCUAUGUUGAGCCCAAAUGGAUACACACAGUAUACUCUAACAACCUUGUAAAUGGAAUGAAAGUAUUUACAGGACAGAGAAUAUCCAGAUGUCAAGUUGUAGAGGAAGUAAGGCCGGGAGUCAGUCAAAGGCACCUUAUCGGCAAACGCAUUGCACCCGACUUUUAAAGUUGAAGAAGAUCAAAAGUCCAAUCAAGACCAAUCAUCAAACAGGCCCAAACUACCAGUGAAAACAACAUCGUCCGCAUUCUGCCAUGGCUUCCAACACCAAUGCUGCCCCCAGUGGAGCGGAGGGAGAACAGCAGCCGGAGCAGACUAUCACCUCCCAGCCAACCAGCGCUGAGCACCAAGAGACAGCCCCUGACUCCAGCCAAUCGGAAUCCAAAGACCACUUGGCAGUAAUUAGCGAGAAGAUGGAGACCAGUAAUGGAAUGUGUGCUGCCGACUCCUCGCCCACAUCUUCCAUCUCGUCCCCCAAGCGACUGCAACACGCAAAACCAACCAACGGCCGGGUGCGGAAAGGAAGCCGCUCUGGGUCCCUGCUGGGUCAUGGGGCAGGGUCUCCCAGGCCUUCCAUCAGCCGUCAGCCCAGCACCGUGACAGAGGAGGACAACGGCAAACCCCCUAGAGACUACCUGAUCCUGGCCAUCCUGUCCUGCUUCUGCCCCUUGUGGCCCAUCAACAUCGUGGCUCUCGUCUUCUCUGUUAUGUCGAGGAACAGCCUGCAGCUGGGGAACGUUGACGGGGCGCGACGUCUGGGCCGGAACGCAAUGGUGCUGUCCAUCGUCUCGCUAGUUGGCGGGGUCAUCAUCAUCAUCGCAGCCAUCGUCUUAAACUGGGGAAGUAUAAUAAAAUCCUGAGGGUCACCGUGGUAACCAGGAGCAAGAUCGCAAGACAGCACACAAACAACCAUCCCAACCAGACUUUUCCCCUUCCCUACGAUCAAAACACUAUUCUACAAAAGCACCUGCAACCUUCAGUAUAGUCCCUCGUCCCCUUUUUUGCUGCACGAGCAUGUAUGGCCUGUAAUAUGUUCUCUGAAACAGAUAGACAAGUCCCUCAUCUCUACCUCCUACACCACGGACCCCAACGCUGCCACCAGUGGUGUAGUGCAGGGUAAAUGUAUGUAAACGCCGUUUACGCACAUUUUUAAUUUUGCUCGAGUGUUUAUCCACCUUUUGCAGACAAAUGCAUUCUUGACCGUGAACAGUGAUCGGGAGUUACCCACCUAUUGUUUUUGACCACUCGUCACUGGCUGCCGCCAUCACUCAGAAAGUCGAAGGCGUCAUGUAGAACAACACUGAGGUAGGGAUAGGCAGUGACAACCAGACUGGUUCCUCUGAAUGAGACACGUCUAACAAGUCUAACUCUGGUCAACGAUGCCAUGAUCCGCUGCAAUGGUUGCAUGAGUCUCUCAGACUGUAUUUAAAGUCUCUGCAUAGUUUUCCAGGACGAGGCUGCUCCUCCCAGGCUGCUCCUUCCAGGCUGCUCCUCCCGAGCUGCUCCGAAUGUGACAAAACACGGUGUCGCCGAAAAGGACAUCUGCUUUUCUCUGUACUGGGAUUAUUUUCUUCCACUGUACCAUUCAUCUCCAGUCAGUCCACACCACUGUAACACAACCAAGGGAUCCUUUUAACUGUGACGUCAAAACCAUCUCACACUAUGGGAGCAUGUUACAGAAGUCAAAGGAAGAGUUAGGGAGGGAGGGAGGGAGGUGACAGGGAUUGGAAUUGAUAUUUGAUCAAUGUGAUGAUGUUGAUGGGGGGGGCUUUUUUGUUCUGAAUUUGUUCCAUAUCGUUCUUUUCUGUGAAGGGAGGGAGGAGUUAGAGACAGAUGGGACCAUCUGUAGUUUGAUUUAGGGAAAAACCUAUCUUUGCUUCAUCGUCUUCAUUUAAAAAUACCUGGAAUCUGGGGAGAAUGAGCCACUCUGGGUUGGGGAUUGAGGCAGGGCUGGUAACUCGCAUGCACUCUGAAGCACACUUGAUUAGCCCCCCCCCCCCCCCCGCACAAACAAACAUCCAUACACACAGAGUGUACGAGAAGACAGAUGUACGCAGUUACACACAAAGACACAGGCAGGCACACCCAUACAGCGGAAUGACAUUCUCAUUGGCUGAGAGAAAGAGGGAGAUAAAGAACAGGAGAGGAGAAGAGGGAGGGGAGGAUUGGGGAUAGCUGCAUGGGCUUCAGUCCUUUGUUUGGCACAGAUAGAGUCAAAGAGGAUGUGUGUGUGUAUGUGUGCGUGUGUGUGUGUGUGAGAGAGACAGAGAGAAAGAGAGAUGGUGUGGUGCUUGAUACUGAUGCAGGAUAAAAAGUCUGAGAAUAUACUAGACUGGAAAAACAGACUGAGCAGAGCUGGUUCUAGAAUAAACACAAAAGACAGGCAGUCAUUUUUAUUUUGUUGCUUACUCUUCAUUUCCCCCGCUUCUGUCCAGUAUAUACCUCCAUAUCAUCUAUUCCUUAUUGGUAACUUGUUUAUUCAUUUUACCUUUACUUUAACAGGGUGUCCUAUUGAGACCAGGGUCUCUUUUGCAAGGGAGCCAUGCAUCUUCCAAUUCCACAACAACAAUGUUAUGACAGUCUGCUUGACAGUAUUUACACAAUUCUAAACAUAGUCUACCAUCUCUGGUCAGUUUCAAUCCAUUCCUCUCACUUCAGUAUUGCAAAUGUAUUGCCCACUUUACCUCUCACCUCUCUAAGUAUGUAUUCAUUAUCUUUGAUGGUUGCCUCUUUUGUUCAAAUUCUAUACAAAUGCCUCACUGGGGUGUUUUGUCAGUUGUUACUCUCUCUCCUCCCUGGUCAGUAUUAGCUCCUAUGUGCUUAGUGUUUGCCCUUGUCUAGUUGUUAUUCACAGAGCAGAAUGACCUCUUCUCCCUCUGGGAGUCAGUCAGUGUGUCACUGUGUGCCAAAGCCUGGAAUGUGAGCCAAGCCACAUACAGUAGGGGCAAGGCAGUCUUUGGCUUGACUCUGGCUAAGUGCUCUGUGUGUGUGUGUGUGUGUGUGUGUGUGUGUGUGUGUGUGUGUGUGUGUGUGUGUGUGUGUGUGUGUGUGUGUGUGUGUGUGUGUGUGUGUGUGUGUGUGUGCGUGCGUGCGUGCGUGCGUGCGUGCGUGCGUGCGUGCGUGCGUGCGUGCGUGCGUGCGUGCGUGCGUGCGUGCGUGCGUGCGUGUGUAAGAUAGUCUUUAAGAGUGUGCGUGUGUGUCUGCCCCCGGAUGCUGUUUUUAGGGAGAAGCAGUUGAGUCAGUCCCCUCCCACUCAGUUUAAAGGUGUCAUAUUCUACUUGGCACCCACACUCCCUUCACUUCCUGAGCCCAGUCCCCUGUGCAUGUUUACAGUAUCGUUUACAGUGCGUUUAUACUUAAGAGUUUUUAAUGGAGGCUGGGUUAACUCUAAUGUUUUUACACCAAGGACAUCUUUAUGUAGCUGAGAGGCUCGUUGACCAGUACAGCGCGUUGUAAAUAAAUCACAUGCAUAUUUAUUUGUCAUGACGACACAUGAUAUUCACGUCCAAAGUUGACUUUUUCCACUGCGAUUUGUUUGGUAGUCCAGAAUAAUCUAUGCCAAUUUGUUAUUUUGAGACUCUGCUCCACCCGACCGUUUGGAGCACUUCCUCAGAACCACCCUUGAGGUCUACGCUAGCUACUGUAGAAAGGCUACAAUAUGGUUGAAAACCAAAGGAGAAGGUUUCCCAUGAGUGAGAAUGUUCCACUCUGACAGUGCCAGAGCUUGAUGUCUAGAAGGUUAGUGAGGGGUGUGUCCCAAUAAUAUAUCCUUUCUACUGAAGUGUACACUCGUUCACUACUUCCCACAAAUCUAAAAGCAUUGGAUUAGUGGAGGCAUGCAGGGUGGGAAAUUCAGUUUUUAGUCCACCAGCCGUGGAUGCCCAAAUUUGACCAGCCACAAAACAAAUGAAGAUAAAUCACAGAAAACGCAUGCACAAAUAUGUUUUUUUCCGAAAGAUUUUUUACAUUGUGGGCUUUGGAUUGAACAAAAAUAAAACCGCAUCCAAAUGCUCUGUGUGAUCACCCGCCAAUGUGGCCGGUAAGAAUAGACAUUCUACCAGCCAAUGGCAAAAUCUACCAGCAUUUGGCUGGUGGCUGGUUUUCAUUUCCCACCCUGGAGGCAUUGGCUAGAGGGAGUUUCUACAGUAUUUAUUGUACCAGUUAUUUAUUUUCAAAUCAGUGAAGGGAAGUUAACAAGUGCACACUUUGGGAGGAAGGAGAGAUAAUUAGGACAUUGCCCAUGUCUCCUGUAACCCCAUUCACGCCAAAGUGUAGCAUGUCAGUUCGUACUAACCACAUAAGCAAAGAUAUUUUCAGCUGAAAGUGAAUGCUGACUUUUGGCUUCUUUUAUUUCCAUUUCUCAAUGGUUGUGCACAACUAUGGAUAUUUAACCUGCUUGCACUAUAUUGUAGAUGUAUGUAUAUAUUUAUUUAUAUACCUGAUUAUGCCUUUGGUUUGAUAUUGACUGUUAUUGACCUAUUAGUGCUAUUAUUUGUAUUAUUCCAUUAUUAUCAUCACUAGUAUUACUAUUGUCAUUAUUAUGGUUCUAUUUCACUGUUAUUUCUACUAGCGUUGUUGUUCUCUUUAUGACAGUAGAGCAACACAAAGAAAACAAUGUUCUACAAUGGCCUUCGCUUGUUAUUCAACUGGUUGACUUUGAGCUUCCUUGACAAGAAAACGGCGGGGAAAAAAGCAUGUUUACAGUUAGUUACACAGUUCACAUGCUUCGAAGAUAGCUACCUUAUGUGCUUACAACGAUGAUGACCAACCAGUUCAUGAGAUAAUUUACACACACACACACAUAAAUGUCUUGAGUAAUGUCCAUCUUUUCUUCAUGUCUUCUUAGUAAUUUCCUAUUAAUCUCUCAGGUCUUUCUUUCUCCCACCAAUUCAUUAAUUCCUUAAUUAAGAACAUAAUUAUUCCCAACUAAUUCAUGUUCUUCUUCUCCUUCUAUUUUCUAUAGUUCAUAAUUAUUUUAUGAUAUACUAUUUAGCAUACGCUUUUAUCCAAAGCAACUUACAGUCAUGUGUGCAUACAUUUUUACAUAUGGUUGGUCCUGGCAUUGCAAGCACCAUACUCUACCAACUGAGCCAUACAGGAUCACUUUACAAUUAUCUAUUUGAUCCCCUUUCCUAUUUGUUAUAAACUACAUCCUGUCCAAUAUAAUCUAUAUCCUGUUUGAUAUAUUAUCUUUUUGGAGGAGAGUUCUUGGUUGACUCCCAAAUGGAACCCUACUCCCUUUCUAGUCCCAUAGUGCUCUGGUCAAAAGUAGUGCAGUAUAUAGGGAAUAUGGUGCCAUUUGGGAGGUAGCCACAGACUGCAGCACCGGUGGUACCAGACUCUCGGCCCACUUAGUUAAUCAAUGUUGUUGUUCUUAUUGUCGUUGAUUACAGAGCUAUACUAUAAUCCUGAAUCAGACAUCUGUGCAGACUUGCCUGACUGUGCAUGCCUUAAUUGACUGCUUUAUAAACAUACAGUAUGAGUAUGUAUGUACACUACUAUGUUAAUCCAAUAUAUUGAUAAAGCACUCUGUAUUGAUCUUGA